GCGUGCACGUGCAAACAGUCGGCAUAUGUCAUGGCGGCCGGACGUCUCUUUGGGGCUACGCGAACGUGGGCCGGUUGGGCGUCUCGGGAGCAUCUAGACCUCAUUGCUCCCAGGAAACUGCUGAUCAGGGAGUAUGCCAAAAAACUGGUCAUGAAGGGGGCCAAGGGUGGCAAAGGUGGCACGCCCAUCCAGGAGCUGAAGGAUCCAGACGUGUGUACAGACCCUGUCAAGCUCACCACACACGCCAUGGGUGUCAACAUCUACAAGGAGGGCCAGGAUGUGGUCCUGAAGCCAGAUAAUGAGUAUCCUGAUUGGUUGUUCCAGAUGAAUGUGGGUCCACCGAAGACACUUGAAGAGCUGGACCCGGAGAGCCGGGAGUACUGGCGCCUCCUGCGUAAACAGAACAUCUGGAGACACAACCGGCUGAGCAAGAACCAGAAGCUCUAGCAAGGGGGGUGGAUUGGGCAGAGUCCAGGUCGUCCCUGGCACUUCAAGAGAAUGGACUUUUCCACUGGGGUGGUGGUCAGCCCUGUGUGGACAUAGUGAGUCUGGGCCAGCCCUGCCCAGCUUAAUAAACAUGCCCUGGUCAGUCUGGUGCUCCU